AUGCUUUCACUGGAUGAGGAUGUCGGAAUGGAGCACCGCCUCCAGUCGCCUCGCAUCCACAAAUACACUCUGAAGCAUUACAGUCCAAUUAGAGCUGUAUGGGAUUGGUUCAUCCUGCUUUUGGUGAUCUACACAGCCAUCUUCACACCAUACAUGACAGUUUUUAUUCUAAAUGAAGAUAAACGCAUACUUCAGCAGGCAGCGCUACCUUUUGGCUUAGGCCUGGAUUGA